AUGUCAUUAGAAAGGGAUAACACCAUUGACUUCCUAGAAUAUGUGGCUGCUUUGAAUCUGGUGUUGCGAGGGAAACUGGAACACAAAUUGAAAUGGACAUUCAAAAUAUAUGAUAAAGAUGGAAAUGGCUGCAUAGAGAGACCUGAACUCCUAGAAAUAAUUGAAGCUAUAUAUAGCAUUAAGGAAGCAUACAAGUCUGAAGAAGAAAGAGCUGUUCCUGGUCUUACCCCAGAAGAGGUUGUGGAAAGAAUAUUUCAACUCGUAGAUGAGAAUGGAGAUGGACAUUUAUCUCUGGACGAAUUCCUAGAUGGAGCACGAAGAGAUAAGUGGGUAAUGAAGAUGCUACAGAUCAAUGUAAGCCCAGGUGGAUGGCUUGCCAAUCAGAAAAGAAAAACUUCAGAGGCCUAA